AUGACGAGGAGCGUUUGGGUGGUCCUCGCGGCGCUGGUGGCCGUCGCCUCGUCGGAACUCAUCCGAACCCGUGCCAAACGACAGUGUUGCAAUGCCGGUACCUCCACUUGCUGCGGAAAUGGAGGCGGUGGCGGGAUCUGUGUCCCAGUCUGCGUCGGACAGUGCACUUCGGCUUGUCAGACGGUCGCCUGCCAGCAGACUUGCCAAUCCACGUUUGUUCUUUUUUCUUUUGUUGAACUUUUACUUGUUCUUUGCAAUUCCUGACCAGAACAUGGUCUCAGCACCAAGUUUUCUAGAUGUAGCUUUUCACGCUGAUUCCAAAUCCGGUUUCAAAAUUUGCACAAUUCAUCUGUGAAAAAAGUUAGGGACUCUCAAAAGUGCAAAAUAAUGUCUCCGAUUGAGUUCAUUUUGUGUGCAGUUUGAUGUCCAAUGGACAACUCCGGAUAUUUCUCUCAAAGAAGGUUCUUUCACUUUGCCUUUAGAAAUUUUUCGAAAAUCUGCCAGUACCCAAAUAAAGAAGCCUGCACAACUUCCUAAUUUCCGAGAAAUAAGGGCUCGAAAUUACCCUUUUUGCGGGUACUGGUGAUUUUCUUUCACCCUUUUCUCGAAUCGAAAAGCUCUACAGUCCGUUUUUCGCAACUUGAAAGGACGGGACUUCUCUGCGCCCUCCUCGUCUCUCGACGACCCUCUCAUGUUUACGUGCUAUCUGCAUGUUUCUCUGACCUCGCUGGUGAGGGAACAGAGAGACGCAGAGACGCGAAAACUGUCGAGUACGGACUAUAUCGGUUUUUUUUUUCUAAUGACCCUGCCUAUAAGAGAAAAGAGGUCAUAGACACGUCAGACUGUAUCAAGUCGUAGUACAGCUAUCUCAAAAAUUCCAUGGAAGAUUGAAAAAUAAAAAUUUUCCAGAUGCCAACAACAGUGCGGCGCUACUCAAAAUGUGAGUGAAUAUAUUUUCUUUCCUUCUUUGGAUGUUAAUAAUCUUAAUCUCAGGUGGUCUACAUGCCGACCACUUCUCAAGGAUCCUGCAGCUCCUGCCAGCAAGCUUGCGCUUCGAGCUGCACGACGCCGGUCUGCACUCAGACUUGCCGCCAGAACAGCUGCGGAUCGGUUUGCGGGGGAUCGCCGGUCAGUUGAUCAGCCAAAAGUUAGAAAACCGUUCCGAUUCAUAUCUUAUUGAGAAAGGCUUGAAAAGACGUCUAACUUUUCAGGUGCUCGCCCUGAGCUCAACCUGUCAAUCUUCUUGCCAGAACCAGUGCCAAUCUACAUGCUCAACUCCUUCUUGUUUCUCCGGUAAGUAUCUUUGAAAAUAAUUUCCUCAAAAUGAUUAUUCGGUUGUUGGAAGGCUUCACGUCGUUAGGAUGCCAUGAUGGUUUGUUUAGAAAUAUUCGGGGGUCAGACUUUCGGCCUUUCCAAGCUUGGAUCGUGCUUCAACACUCGCAUCACCUGCCAUUGAAAACAGCACAUUUCAGGCUGCGCCUCGUCUUGCCAAUCGGCUUGCGGCUCAUCCACAUCUUCCAAUCCCAUCGUCAUCGUCGUGCCAGCGUCAUCCUCUAGCAACUGCGGCUCCUCUUGUCAGAGCCAAUGCGACCGAGUCUGCACGACGCCCGUCUGCGUCAAGACCUGCCAAAAUGCCUGCCUCAGCACCUGCGGAAGCUCCUGUGCCGGCGGAUCUUGUACUACGCCCACACCAGUGGUAGUUGUUCAGGCGGUCGGUUUUUUUAAAAGCUAUCUAUUCUUUUUUGCUCGGUUGAUAAUUUUUGUUAGAAAGCUUUUCUGGGUGAUAGAAGCUUCUGUUUAUCUUGAUCAAGAAGAGAAAUGUCUCGAAAAAAAAGGCCGUGAGAGGAAAGGUUUUUUGUCCGGGACUCAUUAUCUCCUUCCUAAUAUAGCGGUCCUUUGCGAAGAAAAAUCAGUUCGAAAAUCCUUGAGAAGGUGAAAAACGCGAUACUUCGAAAUUCAUAAAUGCCUCAAAAAACAUCAUUUUACAACGAUGCGCCGUAACUGGAGACUGACUUCAGCCAUCCAAGAAAGGUCCUGACACGAUAAUAAAAGAGAUAGUGUGUGGUUGAUGGAGAGCGCAGACAGGCCACGCCCCCUUAACUUUCCAAGCUAACCGUGAAUCGGCUAUGUGAUGCCUCUUAAUGACAUGGUCUAUAAUAUGCCCAGUUCGGGUAAGCCGUGAAGCUAUUUUACGUGCGACCAUGGUUUUGUCACGAACCAUUUACGCGGGUACUUCUGACCAUAAAACCACGAAGUAUACUGAAAAAAAGUUGCCUCUAUUUUAAAGAAAACUCUACCAAAUCUUCAUCUUCCCCGUACUUUCAAAAAGACCAUUCGAGUUUCAGAGCCCCUGCCAGAGCCGCUGCCAAAACACGUGUCAAUCCACGUGCCAAGCCACCCAGUCGGUCUCUUUCUGCGCUCCACUCUGCCAACAAACCUGCCAGUCCACUUGUCAGGCCGCCCAAGCCGUCGUGGUAAGACCCCGACGUCUUCCUCGGAACCAACUCCAAUUUCCAGAUGCCAUGCCAAAGUUCCGGCUCAGUGGGAUGCUCCUGCAGCUCCGGUUUCAGCCGCUGCGGCUCGCAGUGCUGCAGAAACCGCCUCUAA